AUGUCUGUCAACACAAAUCUUGUCAAAGCAGCUGUUGUUCAAGCUGAACCAGUCUGGUUUGACUUGGCUGGUACUGUCACAAAAACAUGCGAUUUGAUAAAAGACGCUGCUUCAAGAGGAGCGCGCAUCAUUGCCUUCCCUGAGCUCUGGGUACCGGGAUAUCCUGCAUGGAUAUGGGCCCGCUCAAUGGAUCUUGAGAUGGUCGUGAGAUACACCGAGAACUCAUUAGGUCUUGAUUCAAGUGAAAUGCAAGACAUCAAGUCUUCUGCAGCAGAAAACAAUAUCGUCGUUUGUCUCGGGUUCUCUGAGCGAAGCGGAAACUCUCUGUACAUUGCACAAUGCAUAACCAACAGCGAUGGUGAAGUCGUGAUGGCAAGACGAAAACUCAAACCUUUUCAUAUCGAGAGGACUAUCUUUGGUGAUGGGCAUGGCCCCUCGCUUGACAAUGUUGCUCUGACUUCUGUUGGCAGAGUUGGGCAAUUGUCCUGUGGAGAACAUUUCAAUCCCCUGACCAACUUCAAUACUUUCUCCCAACGAGAGCAGAUUCAUUGUGCGGCAUGGCCCUGUGUACCAGUUCACUCCGGUGGACCCGAACCAUACUCCAUGUCUGAUGAAGCAGCGAUCUCUCGUGUCUACUCUAUCCAAGCUCAGUGUUUUACACUGCACUCGACAACGGUAAUAUCACAGCCAUCCAUUGAGAUGAUCGGCACCAGUCAAGCUCCAGUGUUUAAUGUCCCUGGUGGGGGAAAUGCGAGGAUAUUUGCACCGGAUGGGCGACAACUGGCAGGCCAGCUACUCGCAAUAGAAGAAGGCAUGGUAGUAGCAGACUUGGAUUUGGAUCAGGUAACUAUGCAUAAAGCACUCCUUGAUACUUGUGGGCAUAAUGUGAGACCGGAGCUAUUAUGGCUGGGUCGGGAUAAUCAGGCAAAGUCUGCGGUUCGAACGGAGAGACACCUUUCAUAG